CACAGCACGCACCACUAUCUCCCAGAUUCUCUUCUCUCUCUCUCUCUCUCUCCACCGAGUCACUGACUCGUCAAGUACGGAAGCUCCGAUUCCGCCUCGAGUCCAACUCAAUUAGCUCGAUCGAAGAAGAUGUGUAGCACCUUCGCCGCCGCCGCAGACUCCUCCAUCUCCGGCGACGGUGACUCCCCCGCCGCCGGCGAGAUUAUGCUGUUCGGCGUUAGGGUGGUGGUGGACUCCAUGAGGAAAAGCGUCAGUAUGAACAAUCUGUCGCAGUACGUGCAUCCUCAAGAUGAAUCCAACAACAACAAAGACGCUGCCUUCUCCGCCACCGGUUACGCGUCCGCCGACGACGCCGCUCCUCACAACUCCGGCAAGAACCGCGAGCGCGAGCGCAAGCGAGGUGUUCCGUGGACGGAGGAAGAGCACAAGCUGUUCCUGGUUGGAUUGACUCGUCAAGUACGGAAGCUCCGAUUCCGCCUCGAGUCCAACUCAAUUAGCUCGAUCGAAGAAGAUGUGUAGCACCUUUGCCGCCGCCGCAGACUCUUCCAUCUCCGGCGACGGUGACUCCCCCACUGCCGUCAAGAUUAUGCUAUUCGGCAUUAGGGUGGUGGUGGACUCCAUGAGGAAAAGCGUCAGUAUGAACAAUCUGUCGCAGUACGUGCAUCCUCAAGAUGACUCCAACAA